AUGAAGUACACAACAGAUGAUAUCCACGACAUCCGUGCCAUGGUCAUGGAACUCUCUCUUUUUUCGGGUGCAGAGUACGAGGUGAUCCUCCUAAUCGACGCGAAGGACGGGAUAUUACCCGACCUCAUGGACAAUGUUGCUAUGCACAGUCUCAAAGAGUAUCUCCCAGAAGAGUUUCGGGGGCUUGCGAUAUUUUUCAACACGAAGCUCCUCCAGGACUGGUAUCCGACCAUUGACGUCCAUGAGGAGGGUUUAUUCGUGCAGAUCUUCUCAAAGUUUCAUCAACAAUACGACUUUAUCUGGCAAUUUGAGAUGGAUGCCCGAUAUACUGGACAUCUGUAUCAUUUGUUAGAGCAAGCAACGGCAUUCGCGAAACAACAGCCCCAGAAAUACCUCUGGGAGCGCAACUCUUACUUCUACAUCCCCGCUGUCCAUGGUACAUGGGAAGAGUUUAACAACAUGGUAGAUCGAUGUAUGGUGGAUCGUCCAACCGUCUGGGGUCCAGUGCCAGUGGAGGGUCUAAAUGUCUCAAAGGAGGCGCAUUCCCUACCACCCAUACCGACAGCAGAGAUAGACACAUCGAGCUGGGGUAUUGGAGAGGAAGCAGAUGUUAUUACCUGGCUUCCACAGUUCAACCCGGUGAACACGGGCUGGCCAAUGCGUGAUGUGAUAUACGGGUUCACCGAAGGACCAGCCAUCUCACGUCGGUCUUCCUCCGUUGCCAUGUCUCGACUUUCAGCACGCGUGCUCCGUAUCAUGCACACUGAUCUUGCUGAAAAGGGCCUGGAUCUAGUGUACCAUGCACAAGAAUGGGACCCUCGGGAGUUGAACCACCGUGCAAAUUCGGGCGAUCCUGGUGUUACCAGUGCUGGGGGUGACAGUAUCUGGACAUGGGAUAUGCAUCACGAUAUUCUGAAAAAUACGACCUACAUGUUCGAUUCGGAGUAUUCUGGGAGGCUCUAUCGAGCUUGGUUGGGGAGUGGUGGUGCAGAUGAGUGGAAGAGAUUCAUUCGAUCGUCACCAACAAUGUCGUCAAACAAACAAGUUGUGGGAUGGAUAGGACUCGGGAGUAUGGGACUUGCAAUGGCGCAAAAUGUCCAAAGAUGUCUCCAAAAGGACAAAUCUCAAUUAAGAUUCUGGAAUCGGACGGCGUCUCGCGGCGCGCCACUUGAAUUCCUUGGCGGUAUUGGAUGCGAGUCUAUCGCCCAGCUUGUCACUGAAUGUGACCUGAUAUUCAUAUCUACCAGUGAUGAUGCGGCUUUGAAUAGCAUAGUUGACCAAAUAUUGGCUGUCAAGGAUAUUAAUGGCAAGUCGUUUGCGGAUACUACCACCGUGCAUCCUAAUACGACAAAGGAGACAAAUGAAAAACUCAAGAAAAGGAAUGCGUCCUUCGUUGCUGCACCUGUCUUCGGGGCUACCCCAGCUGCGCAAAGUGGUACGGUGUUGAUGGCCAUGGCUGGUUCAAGCCAAGCGAUUGAUAAAGUUACACCUUUCGUAAAAGGUGUCAUUGCUCGGGACGUGAUGAUUGUGUCGGAUCAGCCCGAGAAGGCCACUCUGCUCAAAACUCUGGGUAAUUUUAUCGUCGCAGGAGCAAUGGAGGUUGUAGGAGAAGCCCAUGUGCUAGCGGAGAAAAGCGACCUUGGCACAGAUAUGCUUGAAAAGUUGCUUGAACUGAAUUUUGGAAUGAUGUAUUCCAGCUCCAGGCGCAUGACGCAAGGUGCUUACAUGCCAGAGGAAGGUCAAUCCCCUCCGUCCAGUCUGAAUCUCGGUAUCAAAGACGUUCAGCAUGGCAUCAGUUGCGCCAAAGAUGUUGGCGCGAGAUUAAAGGUCGCCGAGGUGGCACUGGAAAAUAUGGUACGGGCGAAGGAUUUUUCAGAUGCGCAUGGCGGCCGGCCUUUGGAUUCAUCGUCUGGGUACGGUAUCAUCCGUCAAGAUGCUGGUCUUGAAUUUGAGAAUACCUUUGUGAAGGAACGAGAUACCAGGAAGGAAGAUGGUUCUUCUUGA